AUGGCCACUCAACUCGAUCAACUCAAAGAACACACCAUCGUUGUCGCCGACAGUGGUGAAGUCGAUGCCAUUCGCCGCCUAAAGCCUCAAGACGCCACGACGAAUCCGUCGUUGAUUUACAAGGCUGCCGGUAUGGACUCAUACGCCAAGAUGAUCGACGAUGCAGUCUCAUCUUCUAACGGUGACGUUUCUCUUGCUAUGGACAAGGUCGCAGUCAACUUUGGAAUUGAAAUCACCAAAAUUGUUCCAGGAUACGUCUCCACCGAGGUUGAUGCCCGUCUUUCAUUUGAUACCGAUGCUACCAUCGCCAAGGCUCGCCAGAUCAUCGAGCUUUAUAAAGAAGCUGGCGUUGACAAGUCCCGAAUUCUCAUCAAGAUCGCUGCGACAUGGGAGGGAAUCAAGGCUGCCGAAAUCUUGGAAAAGGAAGGAAUUACAUGCAACCUUACUCUGAUUUUCUCCAUUGCCCAAGCUAUUGCUUGUGCCGACGCCGGAGUCACCCUGAUUUCACCCUUCGUUGGUCGUAUUAUGGAUUGGCACAAAAAGGAAGAUGGAGUCGACGGAUACCCUGGCCCCGAAGAUCCAGGUGUCAAGUCGGUAACCACAAUUUACAACUACUACAAGAAGUUUGGACAUGACACCAUUAUCAUGGGUGCGUCCUUCCGCAAUCCCGACGAGAUUGUCGAACUGGCUGGGUGUGACCGAUUGACGAUUUCUCCUGCCUUGUUGGACAAGUUGGCUGAUUCCACGGAACCACUCACCAUCAAAUUGGAUGCUUCCAAGGCCGCUAGUAUGGAUAUUGAGAAGAUCGAUAUCGACGAAAAGUCCUUCCGAUGGAUGUUGAACGAAGACCCUAUGGCCACCGAAAAGCUUGCUCAAGGAAUCCGCGGAUUCACUGCUGAUACCAUCAAGCUGGAAAGUAUCGUCAAGUCCAAGAUAGAGGCAUAA